AUGGACUCCCGGUCCCUAAACACAAAAUCCUCGACCGAGACCUUCAUCUCGCUCAUGCAGCUCGACCCGGCGCCCAUAGAAACAGACAAAGACCUUCCGCCGCUGCCAGAGGAGGCUGCCGACGCAGACUCGACUUCAGCUGCUUCAAUAGCCAAUACUUCUGCGUCAGGAAGCACAGGGUCGUCACUCGGCCUGAGCGGGAGUGGCCAUGGCGCCAUCUACUAUUUGGCCCGUAUCCAACGCUACUCGUCUUAUGCCUUUUCGAUAUUCACGACGGUCCACCUCGCCACCACAUCCAUCGUCCCCCUCCUAACUCGCUCCGUAUCCUCGUCCGAAUCCUACCUUCUCCUCUCGCGCGAGAUAUACCAGACGCGGAUCUCUGAGCCCCUUCUCGUUGCCGCCCCAUUGGCCGCUCACAUCCUGUCGGGCCUGGCGUUGCGCCUGGUGCGCCGCUCGCAGAAUCUUCAGCGCUACGGCGGCGCCACACCCGGCGUCAUGGUGCCGGCCAAGAGCCGCGGCAGGGGCCGGGAGCCGAGCGCGUGGCCCCAGCUCACAUACACGGCGGCGGCGGGCUAUGGCGCUACGGCGGCGGUCCUGGCUCACGCCUUUGUCAACCGCGGCCUGCCACUGCUGGUCGAGGGUGACAGCGCCGACAUCGGGCUGGCGUAUGUGGCGCACGGCUUCGCGAGGCACCCGGCCAUCGCCUGGGCUGCCUACACGUCCUUGAUCACGGUGACGGUCGGCCACGUGGUGUGGGGCUGGGCGCGCUGGCUGGGGCUUGCGCAGGGUGCAGCGUGGGAUAGCAGCGCAGCCCUCGUCGGGCGGGAAGUGAGGAAGCGAAGGAGACGGUCCUGGUUGUUGAUUAACGGCGGUGCCCUCGUCGGGGUGCUCGUCUGGGCGGCUGGUGGAUUGGGGGUUGUGGCGCGUGGUGGGAAGAGCCGUGGUUGGGUCGGUGAUUUGUAUGACGGCAUGUUUCAGAAGGUUUGGCUGUGA